UGUUUUUUUGGUGGCUUAUAUCGUAGCCAUGUUGCGAACUUUUAGAAGUGAACCAACAGCACUGAACAGCACUACUGCGAAGAUCUAGGUACGGUAGCGGCGUGUCUAACACCUAAACACCACACCAUCAUGGCUGAUCCGGAAAAACAACCCGAACAAGCCAAGCAACAAAAAUUGAUUAUUGCUAACAAAGUAACCGGAACAGUAAAAUGGUUUAAUGUAAAGAGUGGUUACGGUUUUAUCAACAGAGAUGACAUUAAAGAAGACGUAUUCGUACAUCAAUCUGCAAUUGCCAAGAACAACCCGAAAAAGGCUGUUCGAAGUGUUGGCGAUGGUGAAGUUGUUGAAUUUGAUGUUGUGAUUGGUGAAAAGGGUCAUGAAGCUGCAAAUGUAACAGGCCCUGAUGGUGAACCUGUCAAGGGUUCUCCGUAUGCUGCGGAUAAACGUCGCGGUUACCGUGCAUGGUAUUAUCGUCAACGUAUGUCAUCCAGACCUCAACGUAGACCACGAGAUGCCCAGGAUGGUGAGUCGGAUAGUGGAAAACCACAACAACAGCAACAACAACAACAACAACAACAACAAGGUGAUGACGGAAAUACUACCGAAAAUAAUGGUAGUGGUAGUGGCGGCAAUGGAAAUGGCCAAAGACGUUAUCGACCAAGACGCACAUACAAUGAAGGUUAUUAUCGUGGCGGUAGGCGGUCAGGACCACCUCAGCAGCAAAGCGAAAACGGUGGUGAUGCUAGUGAAACUCGUUACAACAAAAGCGAGCAAGCUGGUGAAGGAGGUAAUGAAGGUGGUAGCGUGCCAGCACGUGGUGGGCGUGGACGUGGUGGAUCGGCACCCCGUCGUUUUUUCCGUCGUAAUUAUCGUGGUGGCAGAGGUGGUGGUCCAGGUAGACGGCCAAGAAGCCAAGAUAAUCAGGAGGGCCAAUCUGUGCAGAACACUACCUCCGAGAGUACAGCUUAAGAUAAUAUAACAGCUUCAUACCACCAUUCGGCACUCCUUAGAAUGAUAAAAUGAACGAGUGCUUGCAUGCAAACAUUAAUGUCAGUUUUAGGCUGAUAAUUGAACAGCAGCAAUCACCAUCACAUAGAUUAACAACAACAGCAACAAUAAAUAAUAAUUUGGAAAAACAUCACUCAAAUAAAUGAACAAAAACUUAGAAAAGAAAAAAGUAAUAAAAAAACCGACGAGCUUACUGGGCACAUUUUCUUUUGAUAACAAGUAAAUACAUUAAGGUAUGUGGCUCCGAAGACGAACAACUCACUGGUGGAUCAGCUACAAUCAUAUAAUCAUUAUUCUGUGAAAAAAUCAUGAAGCGUAGAAAUAGAAGUCAAACAUAUUUCAUUAAUGAGUAAUCAGUCAAAAAUUCGAUUCAAAUUAAUUAACGUAUUUACGUGCAGUUCAGUUUAAUUUAAUCAAGUCUUGACUACAAUAUUAAUAUUCACAUACAUUUCCUUCACAAUGUCUAUUAUUUUGUUUUUGUUUGUUCAUUUUUUUUUUAUUUUUUUUUUCCAUAUUUUUUUUUUUCUUUUCUCAUUUACUUAUAAAGUGUUUUCAAUAUAUUUCUUCUAAAGAAUAUUUUUUGGUUUUGGUUUACGAUUUUCUUGAUGAACCAAGACCCAGUUUAUAUCAGAAUAAUAUUAUAAUUUUUAAAAUGAAAAAAAAUUAAUAAUCAGCGGUCGACAAGAGACAAUAAUGUACCAUGAAAAACUAUCAUAUACCAAAGUUUAGAAAAACUUGAUAUUUUCAAUGAAUAACCGAUAAAACAAUCAGGAAAAAAAAAAAAAAAAGGCUCACAAUACAUGUUUUCUCGUAUUUUACAUCGUCAUAUAAAGAAAUGAUUUUUUUCUUAAAUUGAGAAUUAGACUUUUUAUUACUUUUUUUUUUUAUGAUUAUCAGGUAAUUAUUAUUUUUCUUUCCGUAAAUGCUUGAUUGUUUUUUAUGCCAACACAUUGCAUUGAAAAAUUUCUUUAAUAGUUUAAAAAUCGAUAAUUUUUAUCGAAGCAAUUAUUUACCAUGCGAUUAAUCAUCUUUUGCAUUAUUUGUAAUUUUUAAUACUAAAUAAUAUCACUCAGUGAAGUAAACCAAGAACUGCUGAGGUGGUAUUCUUUGUUCCGAAUUGUGCCAAACGGUGCAAACUUUAUUUUAUAUUUUUUAUGUACAUCUGCCAUAUUUCAUGUAUUUUUAUGUUCCAAUGAAUUGUAGCAGUUUUUUGAUAAAAGUUUUAUUACGGGUCUCUCCAUUUUCCGAGUCAACAUAAAAAUAGUAUCUGUGAAUUCACGUUGUGGC